UGACCCGGUGUCUAGUCUCUCCGUCUUCCUGUUCCAAACCACGUGGACGCGGGGCUGCGGGAGGCAGCCCCAGCCGCCGCCGUCGGUGUCGCAGCCACCACCACCGCCGGGGUCACGGGUCCCGCGUCUGUCCGAAGUCGCCGCACUCGGGCUGCUCACGUCUCUGCGGAGGGCGCGCACAUGGCGACUCAGGCGAACUCCCUCAGCUACGCGGGGUGCAACUUCUUGCGCCAACGUCUGGUCCUGUCUACCCUGAGCGGGCGCCCCGUCAAAAUCCGAAAGAUUCGGGCCAGAGACGACAACCCGGGCCUCCGAGAGACAAGGUUUUGUCAUGUUGCCCAUGCCGGUCUCGAACACCUAGGCUCAAGUGAUCUGCCCGCCUCAGCCUUCCAAAGUGCUGGGAUUACAGAUUUCGAAGCCAGCUUCAUAAGGCUGUUGGAUAAAAUAACGAAUGGUUCUCGAAUUGAAAUAAACCAAACAGGAACAACCUUAUAUUAUCAGCCUGGCCUCCUGUAUGGUGGAUCUGUGGAACAUGACUGUAGCGUCCUUCGUGGCAUUGGCUAUUACCUGGAGAGUCUUCUUUGCUUGGCUCCAUUUAUGAAGCACCCGUUAAAAAUAGUUCUACGAGGAGUGACCAAUGAUCAGGUUGACCCUUCAGUUGAUGUUCUUAAGGCGACAGCACUCCCUUUGUUGAAACAAUUUGGGAUUGAUGGUGAAUCAUUUGAACUGAAGAUUGUGCGACGGGGAAUGCCUCCUGGAGGAGGAGGCGAAGUGGUUUUCUCAUGUCCUGUAAGGAAGGUCUUGAAGCCCAUUCAACUCACAGAUCCAGGAAAAAUCAAACGUAUUAGAGGAAUGGCGUACUCUGUACGUGUGUCACCUCAGAUGGCGAACCGGAUUGUGGAUUCUGCAAGGAGCAUCCUCAACAAGUUCAUACCUGAUAUCUAUAUUUACACAGAUCACAUGAAAGGAGUCAACUCUGGGAAGUCUCCGGGCUUUGGGUUGUCACUGGUUGCUGAGACCACCAGUGGCACCUUCCUCAGUGCUGAACUGGCCUCCAACCCCCAGGGCCAGGGAGCAGCAGUACUUCCAGAGGACCUUGGCAGGAACUGUGCCUGGCUGCUGCUGGAGGAAAUCUACAGGGGUGGAUGUGUAGAUUCAACCAACCAAAGCCUGGCACUGCUACUCAUGACCCUUGGACAGCAGGAUGUUUCCAAAGUCCUGCUAGGCCCUCUGUCUCCCUACACGUAAGUUAUUCUUUUUCAACCUCGUCAUUCUGUCCAGUUUAAUUUUCUCAUUGCCCAAAAUGACAAAGGUGUUGUGCUGCACAGAGCCUGCACUAUGAACACCUGCUUGUAUUUAUCCUCAAAUCAGCCAGCAGUUGUCACUCU